CACUGAUAAUAUGGAAUAUUGUGAUAUUUGGUGUGCAUUGCGGAUGCUUUAUCUAACCGCAGCAAGUGGAAGCAGGACACAGGACACAAAGCUUCGUCCUUGACCUUGCACAUCUCACAGUUCUCCGGACGGGAGCCACUCUGAAAGCUCCUGCAUCGAAAGCGAAAGUUUGAAGGACCUCUCGAGUGCCACCCCCUCAGCCACAACCGCCCAUUCCCCAUUAUUCCAUGCAAACUUACAUCUCGAGGUUCCGACGAGCCAACCCCAAGAACAAACGCCUUAAUCUAAUCGGCGCCAAAACGUAGCUGUAGUUUGGACCUCCGUGGCUCGAUUUGCUAUAAUCGCUAAGCUAUUUUUGGGCCAAGCAACAUGCGCAGCCUCAUAUGAUUUAUAGAUAACUAUUGCAAAGUCGCAGGGCCUGAAGUUGGUGCCAUUCCUGGUGACUCUCGUCCUGUACUUUUCGCUGGUGCGGAAGGAUCCUCAAGGAGAGCUAUGGACCACCGUGCUCAAGUGCCUGCCCAUUUUCGCCCUGGUAUUCUAUGUGGUGGCCAAGGGCAUCUCGCUCAAGAAGGAAUACCGUCGCUCAGUUUGGAUUCUUUUGGGUCUGGUUUUCUCCAGCGGCGGUGAUGCACUGCUCAACAUAAAUCUAUUCCCCUUCGGAAUGAUCUCCUUUGGAGUGGCGCACUUAUUUUAUAUCAGCGCCUUUGGCUGGAAGCCCGUCAAGUGGAUCAUUGGAUUGGUUCUGUACGUGGCCGUAUCACUUUUUGUUUACUUCGUGCACACGAAACUGGACGACAUACUCAUCAUCGGAGUGCCCAUCUACUGUUUCCUGAUCACCACAAUGCUGUGGAGAUCGCUGGCCCGCGCCGUGGAUUCCAGGAACUUCCUCGCCGUGUUCUGUGCCAUCGGCGCCAUUCUGUUUGUGAUCUCCGACGCCCUGAUCGCGGUCACCAUGUUCGUGGGCGUGCCCCUGCCCUGCGCCCGCCUCCAGAUCAUGAUCACCUACUACGCCGCCCAGUUCGCCAUUGCGCUGAGCACCGCGGACGAUGGUCCUGCCCUCCAGCGCUCCAUUCGCAAGAAAAUUAAGUGAAGGCAGUGCCCAGUGCUCAUCUGUUGGAGGAGACCCAUAGACAACAUGAACGCAACCACCAAACUUAGUACUUCCAAAGCGUCUAGAGUAUUGCCAUUUACUUGUGUUUGUUUCCCCAUCCCAGUAGCUUAGUGCAACCAAAUAUUUGUUCCUUUUCUGGUGGAUGUGUGGAAACGGAUCUUAGUAGUUUACUAGAUGUUUGUUGACUUCAAGGUAAUAAAUAUAUAUUAAUAAUA